CUUUCCUGGUGUAUUUUCCUGCCUGGCAAGCUCUUGUUUACAAGCUGGAGAGCAAAGCAAGCCCUGAAGAAUAAAAGUGGUGAAAAAUGGAGAGCCUGCUGCUGUUACCUCAAACCUCACACCAGACAGCACACAGGGCAGGAUCCUCUAGACCUUACUGGAAUGCACCUACAGAGAAAAAUGUGCUUUUCUAACAACUCGGCUAUGGACAUGUAAUCAGACUUUGAUCUCUGGAAAUGCUACAACAUGGCUUCAUCUGGGAAUGAGAUAGAAAGAUGGACUCACAGGCAAGGUGGCAGAAUUGGAGAGCUGGAAGAGCCCAUGAGUUCUCUGGAAAAUGGUAAUUGUCUUUCGCCAGUGAAGUCCAUCAGCAGUGUAGAGCAUCUCUUGCACCUCCCCGGAAGAGCAGACUCUGCUUACAGCUCUUUCUCAGGGGGAUCAAACGUUCCAGAGUAUCCCACCCCAUCGUGCUAUGGCGAAAACUGCUGUCUGCCUCCAGAGCAGGUACCGUACAUGGACUCGGAAUACGUAAGAGGUAUUUACAAUGUUAGCGCAGCAAACUCUGACCCCAGGGGCCUGCAUCCCUACAGGGCACCAGAGCUGAGCAUCCCUAAUAACUCUGAGAGCACCGGCCUGGCUGAGCGCUGUGGAAACACCCCUACCCCAGGGACUUCAAAUCAGGGGCCGCCGCCUGCAGCCGCGCCUCCACCUUCUCCUCCCACGCGACUCGAUAGCUAUAAAGUCACCAGACACCUUGAAAACUCGAGAGGGAGACGCAGUGAGGGUGGCGUGCAGCCAGCUCCCGGCCUGCAGGACGGUCAGCUGGCGGGUGGGGAUGCACCGAGGAGUCAGCAUGGGGAUGAAGUUACAGAGCAAGAUAGAGUGGCUGCUAGGGGGAAGACUCUGGAAAACAAGGGCAGUUCUUCUGAUCCUACAAACGAGGUAUCUGUACCAAAAAUUCCAGGGUUAAAGAUGGAGGAAAAUGGAGAGUGGAGCCCAUCCCAACAACCUGUGAAGAGAAACAAUCCCCAUAUUUUCAGCAGACCCUCUUCAUUCAUUUUUCAAGAAUAUUUAAAGACUGACUCUGUGGGUAAUGUCCCUAAAAUACUUUCUGCUUAUAAUUCAGUUCAUGCUUAUAAAAUUCCCGAAGAGAUGAACUCCAGGUCCUCCCCCCCAGUGCAUACCAGCCCUGACACUGUUAAUGAUACACAAGAAGACAAACAGUAUUCCUGCAGCGUUCCUAAGCCAACUGUCAGGGGAGUGGGGCCAGAACCUCGCCAGCAGAAAGGAUCCGUGCCCUGUGCUCAGGGCCCGCUCCCUGCCGAAUCGCGUUCAGACGCGGAUCAAGAUGUGUUUGAGGAGAGUUGUGACUUAAAAUACAUGGAGGGUGCUCUUCUAAUUAAAAAUGCUUCCAGGAAGAUGAACAGUUGUACAGAUGAAAAUCAACACGAUGACUCUGACGGGAAAAUUGGGAGUGAUGUUAGGGAAGUGCUCCUGGAUCCGCAAGCCAAAGCGCGGAGAUCGCCGCUGUCCUGCAGCUCCGGCGCUGUGGGAGCGGAGCCCCCUCGCCGUGAGGAGCCUGAGCAGGGAGAUAAGCAGUGCUGUGAGAAUACGAGCCAAAUGUCUUUUUUCAGACCAAAGGAAGAUUCUGCAUCUCAGUUCUUACAUGAAGUCAGGAAAGAAAAACAGGCUAAUAAGAGCAGUCCUGAGCUUAGCAUGCAUCUAGAACAAGAGGAACCGCCUGUUCGCUAUCAGAAAUAUCAACCUGAAUUUCAAAAGCAGCUUUUAAGAGAGCUUCAGGGUGAUCUGGCUGGUGAACAAAUAACCAGGCAGACGACUCCCAUGCUUUAUUAUCUUUCUGGGGGGAAAACCACCAACAUCCUGCACCACCACAAGCUCACCCAGUGUCAGGAGGACUCAAGGAGCUCCCCAAAGGAAUUUCCAGUGAGCAGCUACUCUGCCUCAGCGCGGUGUACAGAGAUACAGAGGGAGAACAAUCUGGUUGGAAGAGCUCCCCACCACCGUCAGUGCAGUGCCGAUGAUCUCCCGCUCGAGGCAGAAGAUCUCAUCCUCGGGAGUCCAGCUUCAUCCACGGAUGAGAGUUUCAAGAACGACUAUAGAGAGAAGCUUAAAGUGGCUCAGAAAAAGGUUCUGAGAGAAACCUCCUUUAAAAGAAAAGACUUGCAGAUGAGUUUACCUGUUAGACUGAGACAGAAACCCUCUAAAAGGCCAUCAAUUGAACACCUUAGGUCUUUCUCGUUAUCCAGUGCCAGUGAGAAUGCCAUACCUGUUCCUUGCUUCCCUUCUCAUCUAGAAUCCUUGGAAAGUUUCAGCAGAGAUGAAGAAAUUACAAGGCCACAAACAGGUCGAAUAGGGGGAAGGAAAAGGGUAACAAAGGAGCAAAAGAAGCUGUGUUAUUCUGAACCCGAGAAACUCGAUCAGCUAGCAGAUAAGGAAGUGUCAUGGAGCCAAGUCAGGGAUGAAAUCACUGAGCAAGAUGUAGUGGCAGCCAGGAGAAGGACUCUGGAAAACAGAGGGAGGGCACUUUCCAGUUCAAGUAUCUCCAGGACGGAGCUGAAGCAAAUCCAGCAAACUGCACUUAUUGAAUACAUGGAGCGAAAGAUUAAUCAAAGACCGGGUAGCUCACAGCACCUCCCGCUGCAGAAGCCACCGCUGCAGAAGAGGCUGUCCCAUCCCAAAUGGCCUCCUGGCAAGAUUUCCAAUCCAAACGGGAGCAGGAAGCUGCAAAACAAUGAGGUUUUCUGCCAAGUUUUCUCUGAAGAAAAAUUGCCAGAUGUUUUUCCUCCAUUGGCGUUUGUUUCCCCGCUGAGCGUGAGCAGCAGGUGUGAUCCCAACUCUGCUGGUACCAUGGCCUCGAAGCAUCACCCGUCUGCCAGCGGAGCGGCCGGGACCUGCACUGGCAAGUGUGUGUCAGCUGAAAGUCCCCUGCAGGCAGGUGAUCCUGCAUCUGGGAGAGCUCCAGAGAGAUCGAAAUCCACGACUCCUUCCACACAGGGCGCGGCCGGACGGGCGGGCGGCGCGGCGGCCCCAUCGCGGCGCUGCGGGAGCUGGCGGGGCGCCCCCAGUUUCCGUGAUCCUGAGAAAGGUGGAUGCGAGAAUCACAAACAUAAAGACAGGGACAUAAUUGGAGGUGCAUGUUGUCAGGAUACCAAGGAGCUGACUCCUGAAGCCUCUAUUCCUGUCCCAAGCAGCAGAAGCAAGGAGGAUGCUGAGGUGGAAGAGGAAUGUGAAACUAAAUCUCUGAAUGACGCUUUAACAAAGUGUUCGGAGCAGCAGCUUGCAGCUUCUCCUGAGGAGGUAACACACUGCCACACAGCGUCAGCUCAGCCUUGCCACGGAGCCAAAAAUACAGCCAAAGCUUUAGUUGCAAAGGAAACAUCCGUGCACAACAGCCAAGAGGAUAUUCUCCCCAAAAGGGAGAGAGAUCCACCCAAAAGGAGACUCCAGUCUCCUGAAGACCAGCGAUACGAAGCACUUGCUAUGGAGAUUGUUGCCAAAGACAAUUCUCUGGUUGAUAUUCUCAUGCCUCACCCUGUUAGAAAAACUGCUUUAGACCUGAUGGAGGGGCUGUUUCCCGUUAACAUUUCCGUGCUGGAUAAAUCUCACAGGAAAAAGGGAGACGCGCAGCGUGCGCAGGGGAACGACAGGAAAAAUAGUAGAGAUGGACCAGAAGAGCAUCCUGAAUCUGAACACGAUGCCAAGCAAAGGAGUGAAGAUCCUACCUCAAAGGGAAACCGAGUCCUGAACAGGAUCAAACACAGCACAGACGACCUAGAUGACCUCACGUCUAAGAAGCUGGAACUCAUCUCCAGCCUCCGGGCAAAGCUGCAGAGCCUGUGGGAGGAAAGGGAGCUGGUGCUCUCCGAGGCCAGGGAGUGCGCCGAGCGAGGCAAGGAGCUGGAGGCCACGGUGCGGGACGUCUGCAAGCCCAACGAGUUUGAGCGCUACAUGAUGUUCAUCGGGGACCUGGAGAAGGUGGUGAGCCUGCUGCUCUGCUUGUCCAGCCGCCUGGCCCGCGUCCAGAACGCCAUGAGGAGGAUCGAUGGCAAUACAGACGCCGAGGAGAAGCAAUCGCUGAACGAACGGCACAAGCUCUUGUCUAGACAGCGGGAAGAUGCAAAAGACCUGAAAGAGAAUCUAGAUCGUAGGGAGAGAGUGGUCUCUGGUAUCCUUGCCAAAUACCUGAGCGAUCAGCGGCUCCAGGACUACCGACGCUUUGUUCAAGUCAAGACCUCCUUGCUGAUCGAACAGAAGGACCUCGAAGAGCAGAUUAAAUUUUUCGAAGAACAAUUAGAAAAUCUUGAGAAAAGCAUCCCCCUCUAGUCCCCGCCAACAGACCGUCCCUUUUCACACCUCCUGAUUUGUGAUGUUUCCCCGGAAAUCCAGAGGCACUCACUGGGCUCGGUUCGGCGAGUCCUUGCCACCCUGGUAGUGCCACAGUAUUGACAAGUGCUCAGAUGCUCUGGGGAUGCUCUAGGCACAGGCUGGACGUGCCCCCCCCUCCCUUGGACGGGCCAACCGACAGCAGCGCACAGUUUGUAGCAGACUGCAUGUGGAAACGACUGAUAGGAUGUGUUACUCCUAUUAACUUGGCGUGUAUUUCCCCUCCUUGUUGUCUGUCCAUCUGUUUCCAGAUUGACAUAAUCCCAAUAAAAGAACGAUACAAAUAUUUUCCUCUUGUGGGUGGGUUGAAUGUUUGAAAUGAAAAAUGAUGUGGGUGUUCAAGUUUGAAUGUGGAGAUUGCACAAAGCCCUAAGAAACGUUACGGACCCUUUCAGUGAAGCUCCUUGUUUCUACUGUUUAUAUGUGUGAUGCGGAAAAAAUACACUGUAGUGGAAGAAAAUCUUUCCUUCCUUUCUUGGCAGUUGCCAUCCGUGAGUCCUUCCUGGCUCCGCGUAAUCCCGGGAGUCGGUUCAGUAGGUCUUGGGAGGUCAGCAAACAGGGUGAUCCCCCCUGACAUCAAAAAGAGACCAUCGGUGACAAAGCCAGCUUAAAUGAAUUUAUCGUCUUGGGAAUGAUAAAUUGAAUUUGCUCCUGCACAGUCAUUUGCAAAGUUCUCGCUGUGCUUUCAGAGUGUUUAUUUUUCAAGCAGCGCCCUCAGGGGUUUGUUUUUAGGUGGUUUUCAAUUGUCGAUGUGCACAAGAAGUGCAGAAGGAGGCGGGAGAGCUCCGCUGCAGUGCGAGGUAGUUGGGACGAGGGGGGGGAAAUUAUUCAGUUUCAGUGAGGCUUUAUAUAAAUCCCUUGGCAAAAAUCUUUUGAACUAAUGUGUAUUGAGUCAAACCGGUGAUGUUGCUGUGUUUAAAAUUUGAGCGGUUUGUUUAAGUAUUCAGUAAGAGGAAUAUUCUGUCUGAGCAACAUACCUAGACCGUGAAUAAGGCAGCUACUAAUCGAACUCGGGUUUCUUCCAGAGGCAAAAUAAUUGUUCAUUGUUCCAUGAUGUUGGGCUUCACCAAUAAAUGUUUUACUAGUGGUGUGUGUCCUGACUACAGUAUCAUCACCCCUGAGACAAACUGUCCUGGUGUUGAGGCAUCUUCUCCUUUGGGAUCGUGUGAGCUCUCACCGAACACACAACCACCCCGGAUGGGGAACCGACACGGGUUUAAACUGAUGCUUUGGGUUCGUUUUACCCCAGAUCACAUUCUCGAUC